AUGAAAUAUUUAGUUCUGCUUGCCUGCGCGUCAGUCGCUCUGGCUUGCAAAUGCAACCAGAAAUUGGACGACGAAUGGGAAGUAUACAAAAAAUUCCACAACAAAGUUUACGAGACCCCAACUGAAGACUGUUACAGAAGAAAUCUCUGGGAGGACUCGGUGCAAUGGGUGGCCAAACAUAACAGGGAAUACGACAUGGGAGUCCAUACUUACUGGGUGGGAAUCAACCAAUUUUCUGACAUGACACAACAGGAAAGAGUUAGGAAGAUGAACGGCGCAGUUAUGCCACAGAACCUGACCUACGAUGGUAUGGAAUGGUUUCAGGAGCCCCUGAAUGUUGAACUACCUUCCACAGUGGACUGGAGACAAAAAGGUGCCGUCACCCCGGUCAAGAAUCAGGGUGGGUGUGGGUCGUGCUGGGCUUUCUCCGCCACUGGCACCAUGGAGGGACAGUCGUAUCUAAGGAAACAUAAAAAAGUAUCUAUCUCAGAGCAGCAAUUGGUGGACUGUGACAAACGUGAUGGUGGUUGCAAUGGCGGUUGGCCUUACGUUGCUAUCCAAUAUGUGGCUAAAAACGGCGGCAUUGACACCGAAACUGCCUACCGCUACACCGGCAAGGACGGCAGUUGCCACUUCAGCAAAAGUGGCGUUGGAUACACCACUUCCGGCGUGGUGCACGUUCCCGCGAGCGAGUCCUCCCUCCAGUCUGCCGUAGCCACCGUAGGCCCAAUCUCUGUCUGCAUUGAUGCAUCACACCGCUCUUUUGGCUCAUACAAGGGUGGAGUUUACAAUGAACCAGCUUGCACUCACCGCACUGACCAUUGCGUGUUGGCCGUUGGCUAUGGAACCAUGAGUGGACAAGCUUACUGGUUGGUGAAAAACAGCUGGAGCACCAGAUGGGGAGUCCAGGGAUACAUCUACAUGUCCCGAAACAAGGGCAACCAGUGCGCUAUUGCAUCAUAUGGAACCUAUUCCAAAUAA